AUGGCAUUGCUAGGAUAUGUGCGUGCCGCGCGCCAGCGGCUGACAGCUCUGCUGGCAGGGCCGACUGCCAACACGGUGGUGCAUGUUGUAAUGGGCAAUGAGGCCUCCGACCUGGACAGUGUCGUCAGCACGUUUGUCCGUGCCUGGCAGUUGCAGCAGGAUCUCUCGGCAGACCAGACAGACCCGGCGCGUAGCAUGGUGGUGUUGCCCUUGAUCAACACCACCCGUGAGGACCUCCCGCUGCGUGCUGAGGUUAUGCACGUCCUCGGGCGCCACAACCUCAGCCCAGACGAACUCUGCUACAUCGAUGAGCUGCCACUCCAGUCCUGGGCCGAUGCCAAUGCGCUCUGUUUGCACUUGGUCGACCACAACCGCCUAGCCAAGCACCAACAACAAUGGGCACCCUUUGUUUGCUCCGUCAUGGAUCACCACGACGUAGGGCCCUCAACUUUGCAGCUGCUCGGCCGUCGGCCUUUCACUCGCUGCCAACAUGAUGAUGCGGUGGCUGCGGAUGCAACGGCCUGUGAGAUGCUUUUAUCGGCGAUUCUCAUCGAUACAGUCAAGCUGGAUGCCAGCAAGGGCCGCUGCUUGCCUUUGGAUCAAGCUGUGGCCGGCGCUCUGAACGAAGUUCUAGACUGGGAUCUGAACGCCGAAUUUGAUCGUCUCCAGCAAGCCAAAGCCGACGUCAGCCACCUCACAGUCAAUCAGCUUUUGCGCAAGGAUUAUAAGCAGAUCGAUGUUGGACGGAUUCGUAUCGGUCUGCCAGCAGUCAAUCUGGCGCUCAGCGCCUUCUUUUCCCGGCCGCUGCCAGAUGUGACCGAGCACUUACAGCUGCUGCGAGUCGCUGGCUACAAGCAAAAUAAUACAAAACUGUCACGCAAGUAUGUUUUGCCAGCAGUGCAGCGCUUGGCUGAAGCAGCCCAAACCUCCCCCAGUACCAAGGUCCAAAUUUUGGGCUUGAUGGGCCGUGCUGGGAGUGGCAAAUCCACCGUCGCCAAGUACUUGGCGGAUGAGAUGAAUCGAUUGACGGCGUUACUGUAUCCGGCGCUUUCGCGCGAGAUAUUGGCGGCAGUGCAGCGACUCGAAGCUGCUGAUGAUAGUGUUGCGCGCGUAUUGGUGGUUGAGGGAGCGGCUCUGGUGGACGCGGGCUGGCACACAGUGUGUAACCACGUCUUGCUCGUGACGGCUGACGACGAUGUUGUGCACGCCCGCCUUGCCACGCGAGGCUGGUCCGAGGCGGAGAUUGAGCGAAGGUUGGCGAUGCAGCACGAACACGCUGACCGGGCCACGAUCAUCAUUGACAACAAUGGCACAGAUGUGGCAACCCUCAAGGCGACUGUCCGUGACAAGCUAAACAAUGCUGGGUUGGCGACAGCCAAGUAG